AACACGGAGGCAACUGACUUGCCCGACUUUAACCCUCAGGUUUUUAAAAUAAAAUGCAAAUGUAGGGGCUUGGGCUCAGGACUCCUGGAGCCCCGUGGGGCUGAGCGUGGAUGGUGUUCGGUGUCCGGCUUCACUCCCAAACCGCACCUGGAGCGUUUGCCGGGCGGAGGGGCCCCAGGGGGACGGUUCCCGAACAAACCCAGGCGGCUUCGGUCAGCAGCAGCCCCGCUGCUUUUCCACAGCGCGGGGACCCCCAUCCCCGCCAGCCCCAUCGCACUGUCCCUCUCAGGUCAGAGGAGCCCAUGGAGGACUGCGUGGCAUCAGGACCUGCCAGGAGCCAGGGCGACCUAGAAGAAUCCGGGAACCUGGCGUCCAGCGAGGACGCAGCCCCCGGAGAGGAGAGGCCACCCAAGCAGGAGGGCUGCCGCCUCCAGCAGGUGAGCUCAGCCCGGGCGUCCCCUCCGCAACAAGGCCCGGAUCCCUGCCUGGCUCCUGGAGCCCGAACUGUGCCUUCCGCAAAAGGGCUGCGCUCCAGAAAGUGGCCCCCACAGUGCCCUUCCCGGCAGCAUGGAGUCGACAGCGGCAGCGUUUCUAUCCCGCUCUGCGGGGCUGGGUGUGAAGGGGACUGUCCCAUCCCGCUGUCCUCCAGGAGCGGCACCUUUCUCUCCGCAGACUUUGCUGAAGACGCGGCCCCCUGGUCAGGGGCAGAACACAGAUCCAGGCCGCCCCGCUCCUGCUGGGUGGUGGAGAAGGAGGGCGGGCAGGUGCUAAGUGCUACUGUGAAACUAAAAAUCAUCAUAAUGAAGAAAGAAUGGGUUUCGUAUCUCUUAAUUCUCACCAUCAAUAGGCUUGCCCUCUCCCCCUCUCAUCUUCAGAACACGCUUCCCCAUGGGGGCAGGGAUUUGAGCUCAGAGGUGUUGAGCAGCCUGUGCGAGGCCACAGAGCUCACGGGAGGAAGGACCCCCAUAGUGACAGGGACAGCUGAGGAGGGAGCGCCCUCCUCUGGCUGGAGGUGGGACUAUCCCGUGGAUCCCCCAGAGAAGACAGGCGAGAGUCCAACGCCAACACAUGUCCACAAAGGUCCCCUGGUCCACGAAGCGGGAGAAACUUGUCACCAGGCAAAGGUGGCAUACACUGAGACGCGAGGUAAGGCUCACUGCUCGCGACAGGUGUCCCGCGACUGGCGCAUGCGCAUCCGCGAGGCAGGAGCCGGGACCAGGCUGUCAGGGCUUCGGGUCCCGCUGGAGGAAGAGGCGAUUCCAGUGGGCUCUGGGAACAGCUCUUUGGACUCCAUUCCCGAAAGAGUCUGUGUGCAAGAAUCCGGUCCCAGGAAGAAGGGAAUACAGUCUGAAGAGUUGCUGCUUUGGAGGGGGAGGUGCUUUGGGCUCCUGCGAGCCUCAGUCAACCCCCAACUCACCGAGGAUUCAGGAACCACGGAAAAAAAAACGACACGGAGACCCGCAGAACAAGAAGAGACUCACAAGGAGGCUAACCAGAAGGUGGGGCGACUCGAGGGGAGAAAGUAA